AUGAAAGGAAUCAAACAGAGACCUUUCAACGGGCAGCUCCGCAGCGCCAGCAGCUGCGCCGGUGAGCUCCCCCACCCCUCGGCUCGGCCGGCCACUGCCCGCGGCAGUGUUUAUUGGUCGGCCGGUAACAAAGAGCAGGGGCGACGCGCGGCGCGCUGCUACGCGGCUCGCGGCGAGGAAGCAAUCCCCGUGCCAAUAUCCGCCCCCAAAUCGCCCUCAUUAGCGGCACCGGGCCUCGCCACGCCACGCCAGGGCAGAACUGAGGCCUCAGCGCGCGGCCGCAGGCCGGCCGGCGCGGCGUCUCUCUGGUCAACACGUGGCCCUGGCUGCGAUUCCCACGCCGAUCACCACCCCGCUACUUUUGGCAAAACCGCGCUUGGAUCCAAGGACAUGAGCCAGUUCGGGCUGGGCGCGUCCAACAGUCACUGGGGCUACGGCUCGGCGCCCUACUCGCCCUACCUGACCGGCGCGGCGGCGGGGCUGGCGGGCAGCUGCGCCUCCACGGGCGUCGGCUUCAACACGCCGGCGCUCGGCUUCUCCGCUGACCAGGGCUCCACCACGGCGCACGACGCCUUCGCCUCGCCCUCCACCGUCUCCUCGCUGCUGCCCGACACGACAACAGCGACGGCUGACCUGGAUCAGCACCUCGGCUUGGUGAGUGCCCAGCAGCAGCAGCAGCACGGGGGCGGCCAGCAGCACGCUGCCGGUCUGCUGGUUCCGCGUUAUCCUUCGUCUGCAGACUUUGGGCUCGUCGCCUCGGGGCCGCGCUCGCUAAGCGACUCCUCGGCGGGCGAAUCGCCAGUCGGCAGCAGCGACGACCUGCUGGGCGCCGGCCAGCACAACGGCGGUGCCGCACCCUCCUUCUCCUCGCUGGUGCCGGGACACCACCACCAUCACCACCACCACCAGGCGGCCACCACCGGAGCCGCGGCUGCCGCACCCUACGCCAGCUCCGGCGGAUCCAACCUGUACCUGGGCGCACCGGUGCUGCCGGCAUCGCUGCUCUACUCGCAGCUCUACUCGGCCGCCAGCGGCCAUCAGAAUCACCACCAUCACCACCACCACCAUCAAUUCCACCACCCUCUGCACCACCACCAUCACCACCAGGACCUGACGGGCGCCACGGCUACCGACGCCAUCGCGCCGUCGGUGGCUGGCCAGCAACAGCAGCCGCGCGCGCACUCCGCUAGCGACGGCGCCGCCGUCUGGAGGCCCUACUGA